AUGAAACCCAUCAUCGCCGUCCCCGCCAUCCUGGCGCUCGUCCACCGCGCCUGGUCCCGCAAGUCCCUCACCCCCCUCGGCAUCAUCGUCGCAGCCUUGACGGCCAUUGCACACGCAGUCCACCCCUGGUCUGCGCCGUUUCUCUUGCUCGUCGUCUUCUACCUGGGCGGGACAAAGGUUACCAAGGUUAAACACAACAUCAAAGCCCACCUCACCCUCUCCGCCACCGGCGCCGAAGGCGGCGAGGGCCAACGAACCCACAUCCAGGUCCUGGCGAACUCGCUCGUCGCGACCGUGCUGAUCCUCGCACACGCACGCGCCCUCGUCGUCUCGGACCCGGCCUCCACCACCACCAGCGAACCCUGUUUUUCGAUCCCGGGCCGUGCGGCCGACGUCUUGGUCGUGGGGAUCGUAGCCAACUACGCCGCCGUCGCCGCCGACACCUUCUCCUCGGAACUGGGCAUCCUCUCACGCUCGAAACCCCGCCUCAUCACCUCGCCGACACUACGCGUCGUCCCGCCCGGCACGAACGGCGGCGUCACCGCCGCGGGGCUCGCCGCCGGCGUGCUGGGCGCGUUCACCGUCGCCGUGGCGUCUGCGCUGGCGCUGCCGUUCUGCUUCUCCGCCGCGGGGGGCAAUGCGUAUGCGCUGUCGGUGCGGGCGGGCUGGGUCCUGCUUGUGACCGUCUGGGGGUCCCUGGGGAGUGUGCUGGAUAGUAUCCUCGGCGGGUUGCUGCAGGCGAGUGUGGUUGACAAGCGUACGGGGAAGAUUGUGGAAGGGACGGGCGGGAAGAAGGUUCUCGUUCAUCCCUCGGCCACUGCGCCUGGCGGCACCGCGGACGUCUCGGGCUUCGCCCAUCGGGACGCUGGGAGUGUGCAUCUUCGGAAUACCGAGGAGGCAGCGAACGCGGCGGCGCUGAAGGGCACCCGGGCUACGGGGACUUCGGGGGGAGCGUCGCCGGGCCGCACGACCGAGGGUCAUCAUGAGAGCCGCCGUGUUGAGAGCGGGUGGGAUAUACUGGAUAACAAUGCUGUGAAUCUGCUGAUGGCAGCGCUAAUGAGCGUGGGCGGGAUGGGUGUUGCGUGCUGGGCUUGGGAGGUUUCGGCCUGUGAGGUUGGGCGUUUGUUGUGGCCGUUCUAG